AUGGAGCCAGAGCAAAAUCAAACCUUCACAAACAUUGACUUGCGAACUAUCGCAAAUCUGAUGAAUCAAAUCAACACUAUGCAAGCACAGGCGGCAAGAAACAAUGUCAAUCCCCUCAGCGAUCCGAAUGAUCCGUAUUAUUUGCAUCCUGGUGAAAGUCCAGGAACACCAUUAAUCUCCAUCAUGCUAGGUUUCAACAACUACCACAGCUGGGAAAGAGCAAUGUUGAGAGCAUUGACAUCCAAGAAUAAAGAAAAAUUUGUGGAUGGAACAAUUGUGAAACCAGCUCCUGAUGAUCCUCUAAGCAAAGCAUGGAAUCGUUGCAACAAUUAUGUAGUUUCUUGGAUCAAUUUGGCAUUGAGUCCAGAAAUUGCACAAAGUGUAAUGUGGCACAAUGUAGCUUUCGAUUUAUGGCAAGAUCUCAAGCGCCGGUACUGUCAGGGAGAUAUUUUCAAGAUUGCUGAGCUUGAUGAUGAACUCUCAUCAAUCAAGCAAGGAGACCUCACAAUAACUGCAUACUUCACAAGAUUAAAGGUGAUUUGGGAGGAGCUUGAAAACCUAAGGCCAAUUCCUCAAUGCGUAGCAUGUGACUCAAACAAUUGCUUAUGUGGAUUGAUGAAGGUCAGAAAAUAUCAAGAUGAUGCAUAUGUAGUAAGGUUCCUGAAGGGAUUAAAUGAAGCAUACUCAAACGUGCGGUCACAAGUCAUGAUGAUGGAGCCAGUUCCGAAGAUUGAUCAAGUCCUCUCAAUGAUACUCCAACAAGAGAGACAACUGCAUACACUUGAACCAAUUGACUGCAAAGCACUGAUCAGUGCUUCAAACAACUUCAGCUACCCAAAUAGAGGAAGGGGAAGAGGCAGAGCACCAGGAAGAAGCCAUGGAAGGGGCAGAGGAGCCACAAAGCAGUGUUCAUUUUGUGGCAAACUAGGUCAUUUAGUGGAUGUGUGCUACAAAAAGCAUGGGAUGCCUCCCCAUCUCAAGCAAGGUAACCAGAGCCUGAUCAACAACAUGAUUGCUGAACAGAAUGAUGAAAAAUUCAGCACCACCCAAGGAGAGGCCAGUAAAGGUGAGUUAGAAUUCACUAUAGAGCAAAAACGCGCAUUGAUAUCAUUACUGCAGCAGCCGGAUAUGCAGCAGAAUCAAACAAACCAAAUAGUUGCACUUCCAUCUAAUCAAGGUAUAGCUUAUGUGAUGUCUCUAAAUGUUUUCAAAUCUAACUCCUGGGUCAUCGAUUCAGGAGCAACAGAUCGUGUUUCUUUUUCUCUAGAGUCAUAUCAAUCGUAUCAUCAAAUCAAACCUAUAAUUGUAAAAUUGCCUGAUGGUACUCACACUUCUACCUCCAUUGCAGGAACUAUAGUUUUCUCAAAACAAUUUCUUCUCCUUGAUGUCUUGUUCAUACCACAAUUUAAAUUUAAUUUAAUAUCUGUUUCAAAACUAACCAAAUCUCUUCACUGUGAAUUGGUAUUUGAUGAUAUGACUUGCAAGAUUCAGGAUUGCCUUUCUCAGAAGAUAAUUGGACUCUGUGUCUUCUCUGCCAAAGUAAGAAAAGACUGCAGAAAAUUCCUCUCUUUCAAUAUUUACUCUUGA